UUUAAAAAACCGCAGUGUCGAACUUACACUCACAUUUCAACCCAGUCCUCAAAGUCUGAUCAAAUCCGGUCUCCUCAUAACAGUCUUUUAUUUCCAUGGCUCCCAUUGCAGUUGGCGACUUAUUACCGGAGGGCACACUCGCCCUCUUCGACGAACAAGAUCAGCUUCAGCAGGUGUCCAUUCAUUCCCUCGCCACCGGUAAAAAGAUCAUCCUCUUUGGAGUGCCCGGUGCUUUUACCCCCACUUGCAGCUUGAAGCACGUCCCUGGUUUCAUCGAGAACGCGGAGGAGUUCAAAUUGAAGGGAGUGGAUGAGAUUAUAUGCAUCAGCGGUAAAUUCAGCUUUAUUCCUCGAUUCUAACUAUUUAGAGCAGCAUGAUUAUUUCCUGCAUCGUGCAUUCUAGAU